UGGAUGAGCUAUAAGGUCCCUUCCAAUCCAAACUAGUCUGGUAUGAGUCUGCUUGCUGCAACAAGUCCUGGUCAGAGGUUUAGUACCAGUUCCCCAGCAGAAAGGCAGCAGUUCCCCGAGUGGCCGACAGAAAAAAAGACUUGAAUGUUUCAAAAGGUGUUGCAGGUGGACGAAAAUACAUUGGGGUUCUGCUGCUCAGCACAGGCAUCAAAACUAACAGGUUUGAAGGAAAUGGGUGAAAAAUCAUUCACUUCAACUUUAGAGUUCUUACUACCAAUGUUGGAUGUACCAUGAGAGUUUCUGCCUGUGACAGUGGAUGAAUAUCUAGGAAACACAGGUGUUCCUGCUGAACUAUGGGACUGAUUUCUGGAGUUGGUAGGGGAUGCAGAAAUUGCUUACCACCCAUUAAAGCAUCAAAUUAUCACAGGGGUAAAGUUACAGAGGAAGAAAAGCACCUCACUAGACUCUAAAGAAGUACUGGGUUAACUUGCUUGAAAUGGAGCAGAAAACAGAGCAACCAGAAGUGGUGACCAAGUACGGGACAGUCCGAGGGUACCAAUUCAAAGUAGAUGCAGCUGGGAAGAGUGUGAAUGUUUUUUUGGGAGUUCCUUUUGCUAAGCCCCCUGUUGGACUACUGAGAUUUUCUGAACCCCAGCCACCUGAGCCAUGGAAGGGUGUCAGAGAUGCCACUUCCUACCCACCAAUGUGUCUACAAAAUAAAGAAGGACAGGUUCUUUCGAAUUAUAUUACUAAUAGAAAAGAAAAAGUUAUUCUGCAAGUGUCUGAAGAUUGCUUAUACCUAAAUGUGUAUACACCCGUUUCUACAGGAAAACAGGAAAAACUGCCUGUCUUUGUAUGGAUCCAUGGAGGUGGAUUAGCUCUUGGAGCAGCCUCAUCAUAUGAUGGUUCAGCAUUAGCGGCAUUUGACAAUGUGAUAGUUGUAACAAUUCAGUACAGAUUAAGUAUUCUUGGAUAUUUUAGCACUGGUGAUAAGCAUGCCCGAGGUAACUGGGGGUAUUUAGAUCAAGUAGCAGCUCUUCAGUGGAUUCAGGAAAAUAUCAUGCAUUUUGGAGGAGAUCCAGGAUCUGUCACUAUCGCUGGAGAAUCUGCAGGAGGAAUCAGUGUUUCUGCUCUUAUCUUAUCUCCCCUAGCAAAGGGCUUGUUCCAUAAGGCCAUUUCAGAGAGUGGUAAUGCAAUCAUGUCUUUGUUCACUGACCAUCCUGAGGAGGAAGCACAAAGUAUUGCUGCUGCUUCUGGCUGUGAAAAAACGAGUUCAGCUGCCAUAGUUGAAUGCUUAAGAGGAAAAACAGAAGAAGAGAUAGUACAGGCAAUGCUAAAACUGCCUUCCCUGUUGGUCAAUGCAUCUAUAGAUGGGGUGUUUUUUCCAAAGAGUCCCGAGCAAUUACUAUCUGAAAAUGCAAUCAAUGCAGUCCCAUAUAUAAUAGGAGUAAAUAAUUGUGAAUUUGGAUAUGUAGUUCCUAUGUUGAUGAAAUUUCCUGCUUACACAGAUGGUCUGGAUGAAAAUGUUGCACGUCAAGUUUUACAGACCUCCUUAGGAUUAUCAUUUAAGGGUGUUGCUUCUGAAGUUGUUGAUCGAAUAUACAAUGAAUACGUAGGGAAUGCAAAAAACCGUGCUGAAGUACGAGAUGGCAUUCUUGAUGCAUUAGGAGAUUCUGUUUUUGUUCUGUCAUCCAUCGAAGUGGCUAGAUACCAUAGAGAUGCUGGCAACCCAGUCUACUUUUAUGAAUUUCAACAUCGACCAAGCUCAGGGGAAGGUGUUAUACCAGAGUUUGUAAAAGCAGAUCAUACAGAUGAGAUUGCCUUUGUCUUUGGAAAGCCAUUCUUGGCUGGGCAUGCUACAGAAGAAGAAGAAAAACUUAGCAGAACUGUUAUGAAAUACUGGACUAACUUUGCUAGAAAUGGAAAUCCCAAUGGAGAAGGCUUGGUCCAUUGGCCUCAGUAUGAUCUGGAUGAAGAAUACUUGGAAAUAGACCUAAUGCAAAAGGCAGCAAAGAAAUUGAAAGAACACAGAGUGGAUUUUUUUAUACAGCUCAUAAAAGAAAUGAGGAAUGAAAAGAGAAAACACAUGGAUUUAUAAAAGUUGUAGAGAGUAGAGAUUGUUUUCAAAACCUGAAAUAAAAUCAAACAAACUUAUUUUUUCAGCAUGCAGAAUGUAAUAAUCACGUUCUAACUCACUAGUAUGUAAUCUGUUGUCAAGAUCACUGGAAAAGGAGGGAAUUGAGGGAAAUGUGGAAUGUUUGUGAGACUAAAAAUCGCUAUUUAAUGAAGCAAGCAGAAAAAAACCACGAUCAUUCAGGCUCAAAAAGACCUUGGUAUCUAUUUGGCAGAUAUCAAAACUGAAUAAUGCUCAUGUGAGAAGGGGAAAUGAGGGGAAAAUUGGCAGACAUUCAAUUCUGUAAGAAAUGAUCUAAAAAUAAUAUAUCAUUAAGUGUCAGACAUAUGAUAUAUGCUUAUUCCCAUCUUCUUCCAGACUAGAAUGGUCAGAUAUCAUUCUUACAGCCUCUUUCCACUUUCUGUAAUUCAAAAUAGCUUGUAGGGAGCACAGCAUCCAUCAAAAAAACAUCAAUCAGAUGGGCUUGACAUCUCACAAAUGAGGAUAGAAGAUCUCUACUUGUUUUCUUGUUUUGUAAGGUGUUAUAAAUUAAUGUUGCUUUUGAUUUUUUUGAGCUUCCUUUUCUUUCACUUAACUGAUACCGGCUAAUUCUGAGAGGUUAAAUCACACCCAGGAAGCCAGAAAUGUGUCCAGUUUCUUUGUUCAACCUGAAGGGUUUCAGAUAGGAAACUUCCAGCUUUUUUUUUUUUUUUUGCACAACCUGAGUAUGGAGGCUCUAGGGUUUUUACAGAGUAUUCUGUAGUGUGAUUAUCUGUUCUUCAGCCCUUCCUGGCAAAGAAUUCACAAGUCGUUGGCUGAAGGCAGGAGGUAUUGCUGGCAGGAAAGACACCCACUGAGACAGAGGGGAGAGCAAGUAUGAUGUUGAUCACUGCGUGUUGUUAGCUCAGUAUUGUUCAUGGGCUCACAAAGGGAAGACCUGCUGCUCUGCAAAGUAUGCACACCCAGUCCUCCUGACUCCGGCCUUCAGGUGCUGUUCACUGUGGCUUAGUUGCUGAAGAAAGUACUGUUCAUGGAGGAGUAAAGCACAGUUAAUAAAAGAAAAUUGUCAGUCUUCUGUUACACUGAUUGCAGAUAAUUCCAUCUACACUAUUGUGAAAAACCUGAUUCAGCUGCAGUGAUUCACUGCUUAAAAGGAAAAAAAACCAGCAAACGAGAUGGUAGUCAUAACUCUAUUAAUGGUUGCUAGUGCUGUACU